AUGGCUCAAUUUACUCACGGUAUUUCCGCACUAGACGUGACACCAUCAGCUUCUCUUAGUGCACCCGUGUGGCUACUGGGACGUCGAUUUAAUGACGUGGCAGCUGCAGAUUUUGACGCUUAUAAACGGACGUUUGAAUCGAUUUUAUGGUUUACAUACCGUCGGGAUUUCCCUCAAAUGAUACCUUAUGAGUACACAAGUGAUGCUGGAUGGGGCUGUAUGCUUCGUUCGGCCCAAAUGUUAUUGGGACAGGCUUUACAACGUCUUUUAUUGGGUCGAGACUGGCAUCUGCCUACUCUUUUUGAAACGGAACUUAGUGCCAAAUUACCAGAGCUUUAUAUUCAAUUAUUGACAUGGUUUAGUGAUUCACCUAAUUUGGUCUGUCGGUACUCAAUCCACCAGAUGGUCAAACUUGGGAUGCAGUAUGAUAAGUUACCAGGAGAAUGGUACGGACCAACAACAGCUGCUCAAGUAUUGAGAGAUUUAGUGAAUUUACAUCAAUGUGAAUUUGGUGGACCAAUGGCAAUGUAUGUGCCUCAAGAAGGAGUUGUAUAUACUGAUGAUGUCACAAAACUUUGUGUCUCCCAUUUGAAAGAAAAGAAAGAGGAGAAGAAGAAGACAGAGGAGGAGAAGAAGCUGCCAGAGUUUUUUGACCCGUUAUUGCAUCCACCAACGAUGGAAGAUAGCUGUAAUUGGAGCACGGCGUUGCUCAUUUUAAUUCCGCUUCGACUUGGUCUUGAUCAUGUGAAUGAACGUUACGUGCCGGCGUUGAAAAAAACGUUUACGUUCCCGCAAAGUGUGGGCAUUAUUGGCGGUAAACAGGGACAUUCUGUUUACUUUGUCGGUACGCAGCAGGACCAACUACAUUUGUUGGACCCUCAUGACGUGCAUCCGACGCCGGAACUAAACGCUGCGUUUCCCACAGCAACUCAUCUGCGCACCGUCCACUCGUCGCGUCCGUUGGUUAUGAGUGUGACUACUAUCGAUCCAUCGUUAGCACUGGGGUUUUUGUGUCAAAAUCGUGCCGAUUAUGAAGACUUUGAGCAGCGUGUACGUACUCUGCACGAUGAAGUAAAGGCAAAUGGUGGCAUGUGUCCAUUCUCAGUUGCCGCACGUCGGCCUGACUACGCAGCAAGUGGGGUGGAUUUGCUGAUGGCGGACUGCCUUUCAGGCGACGAUACGAACGAGGACGAGUUCACAAAUGCUGCUGACACCGGAGCGGAUGAUGAGGAUGACUACGUACUACUUUAA